UGUUUCUGUGAGUUUCUAUCAGUGAAUCAAUAGUUACGUGACCACAGAGGCUAAACUGUCCGUAGAGUUUUUCCAACUCUGGAGUAUGAGUUCUGCCUUGCAAUGGUCCUGCGCGCGUCUGAGGACAUGUUUCUCUUUGAAGAUAACGGACUUGUAGCUUUAAUGCACCUCUUCCGGGAAUAUGGGAAUGUGGGAAUGGGAAGUGGAUAUUCCACAACAGGAUGUGGGUUAUAGGGGCUCAGCCUACCCCCGACUGUCUUCAGAGCAGAGCGGUUUCGCGUUAGUGCAGUCGUGGAGAUCUACCAGAGAGAUAUGGACACUGUGUUUGUGUGUCUAUUUCAACUGCUUCUCAUGACUGCGGUCGUGUCUUCUCAAAAUGAGAAUGAAGUUCUGAAGCAUGCUUCCACAAUCAUCGCCAACAGUGAGAUUGACAAUGCAGUGUCCAAUCUGACUGAAACCAAGCAAGACUUGACAACAUCUCCCUCACCCACAACCCCACCCCACUCCACUGCUGCAGUUAGUUGCCUGGGAAACCAGGUGAGAGGGAAGGACGGGAACUGCUCCUGUCCAGAAGGCUUCUCCCUAAAGAAGACAGGAGAAUGUCAAGAUGUGGAUGAGUGUGAUGGAACCUGGGAUGGCAGUGGGAUGGAACCUGAUCCUUGUGGUUCCCAUGCCAACUGCACAAACACGCCGGGUUCCUACCUCUGCCACUGUUUCCGUGGUUUCCUGAAGGGCCCAGGAGGAUGCCAGGACAUAGAUGAGUGUGCGUUAGCUGCAAUAACAGGGCUGCAGGCCUGUGGAGGUGGCGCCACCUGUAAGAACACACUGGGCUCCUUCUCCUGCGCCUGUCCACAGGGAUACGUGCUGGCCUUGAACGGGAAGGCCUGUGUCGAUGUUGAUGAGUGCAGCUUUGAGGAGCGCUGUCGGAGGGAGUUUGGAAAUGUGUGUGUCAACACAGAGGGAAGUUUCAGGUGUGAUUGUGUGACUGGCUUUAAAGAGGACUCCUCUGCCUGCAUCGAUGCGGACGAGUGCAGUGAGAUCCCGGGUGUGUGUGCUGGCGAGGGUGUGUGUCAGAACACUCUGGGGAGCUACAAGUGUGUGUGCCAGCGGGGUUACCGAGGCAACGGAACACACUGUGAAGAUGUCAACGAGUGUGUGUCGGGUGACCAUGGGUGUGAUGUAAAUGCUCGCUGUGGGAACGUUAUUGGUUCUUACUUCUGUCAGUGUCACCAAGGUUACGUUGGAGAUGGACACUCUUGCUUCGAUGUUGAUGAGUGCACCCUUCACAAUGGCGGAUGUGAUCAUACCUGCACCAAUCAGCUGGGAUCUUACAGCUGCAGCUGCAAUGGUGGUCACGAACUGACUGAAAAUCUGCACAACUGUACUGAUGUGGAUGAGUGUGCUCAGAGCAAUGUGUGUGGUCAGACCUGCUCCAACACACUGGGCUCCUUCUCCUGCUCCUGCCACAAAGGGUACCAGCUCCACAUCGACAGGCACAGCUGUGUAGAUAUUGACGAGUGUGAGCUGGAGAAUGCUGGCUGCUCUCAUGAGUGCAGAAACUCACCUGGUGGAUACACCUGCCACUGCCCCGCCCCUUUGCUGCUUGGCCGAGACAACUGCACCUGCGUCAAUGCGUCAUCCUGUGCACUGAGGAAUGGGGGAUGCGACCAUUUCUGCUCAACGGGGCCUGAGGGGCAUGUUCAAUGUAGCUGCAAAGCAGGAUGGGAAUUGGAGUCUAAUGGGAGGACUUGUCGAGAUGUAGAUGAGUGUGCUCUGUAUGGAGGAGGCUGUGAGCAAGUGUGUGUGAACCUCCCUGGUGGUUUUAACUGCUCCUGCAGGGAUGGAUACCAGCAACGCACCGACCAAUCAAACAAAUGCGAGCCCAUAUGUGAGCCUCCCUGUUUGAACUCCGGUGUGUGUGUGGCCCCGGACACCUGUGAGUGCCCUGCUGGCUACCCCGGGCCUGGGUGCUCAGCCAUGUGCUCCCCACCCUGUGCUAAUGGAGGCACCUGCAUGCGAUGGAACAUGUGUCUCUGCCCAGAGGGUUGGACUGGACAAGGCUGCCAUACAGCUGUGUGCUCAUUGCCGUGUGCUAACGGAGGUCGCUGUGUGACUCCUGACGUAUGCCAGUGUCCCUCUGACUACACAGGCCCCCAGUGCCUCAACCCUAUGUGUACCCCACCCUGUAAGAAUGGGGGACGGUGUGUCGACAUCAAUAAAUGCAGCUGUACUGGAGGAUGGCAGGGAUCUCGCUGCCAAAUAGAGCCUGUCCAGUGCCUUAAAGCCUGUCAAAAUGGUGGUGUGUGUGUGGGAGUCAAUCGCUGCAGAUGUCCAGCUGGAUUCAUUGGAACGUUUUGCGAGAAUGCGCUGAUGACCCCCUGUGUUCCCCCGUGUAAACAUGGAGGCACCUGCUCCCCUCACAACACUUGUAGUUGCCCAACUGGGACCAGCGGGGGGCGCUGUGAGAAGCUUUUAUGUCCCGUGGUAACUAUGGUGGUCAGCACGGCACGUGGAGUACGAAAACCAACCAGGGAGAGUUAUGUGGAUCGCUGUGGACCACUGGGAGUGCAUCUCUGCACCAAAUAUAGGAUAAAUCAGGCACGGGUUUACUUGCAAGCCUACAAAGUGGGAUACAAGAUCCAGUGUCCACAGAAGGAAGGAUGAGCCCAAAGACACACACACACACAUUCAUAUCUUAACUCAGGUAUUAACGUAACAUUUGUACACACAUAGUUUUUUCUUUUUCUUGCGGAAUUUGUCAUGUGUUUCAUCUUUUUACAAGCUUAAACACACACACACAGAGAGAGAGAGAGAGACAGACAGACAGACACACACACACACACACACACACACACACACAUUGACCCUCCACAUUCAAAGAACAUACUGUAUCAACAAGAGUGUGUUAGUAAUGCACAUAUACUAUCUGGGCACCCAGUGGUAAGUGCCUUCAACCAACUUGCAUCCUGAAAAUAAACAAACGUUUUGAAAAUCAA